GUCAUCGACGCGUGCGGAUCGGAUCGGCUGAGCCGGCCGAACUAGUAAUAGCUGACUGACUGUGGAUUGUGUAAUCGAGAACAUCGCUCAGCGAAAAACGGAAGAAUUUCAUAAGCUGUUGAAAUUCGCGAGAACUGUGUCUUGUUGGUGGAACGCGUGAAGAAUGCUGAAAUUUGAGCCGUCAUUAGUGCUGAUGUUUUAAGUGAAAUUUGAUAAAUUAUAAAGAGUAAGCAACAUGGUGCUCGUAAUACUGGUGGGACUUGCAGUGAUCGCACUCGUUGGAUACUUGCUUCAGGAGAUCCGAAGACCGGCCAACUAUCCACCAGGACCCCGCUGGCUCCCGUUCGUCGGUAACACCCCGGAACUUCGUCGCCUUGCGCGCUCCAUUGGCGGACAACACCUGGCAUUCGAGGCGCUCAGCGAACAGUACCGCAGUCCCAUAAUCGGACUCAAGCUCGGCCGCGAGUACGUAGUGGUAGCCCUGCAACAUGCGGCCGUCCGCGAAGUCCACAGCAAGGAGGUGUUCGACGGUCGACCCAACAAUUUCUUUAUCCGCCUGCGAACCAUGGGCACCAGAUUGGGGGUGACCUGCACCGAUGGACCGUUCUGGGCUGAACACCGGAACUUUGUAACCCGUCACCUUCGUCAAGCAGGUUACGGAAGGCAACCGAUGCAGGUGCAGAUUCAAAACGAGCUCAACGAACUAACCGAUAUCAUCAGGGAUCUUAAGGAGGAGCCUGUUUGGCCGGGAAGUCUUCUGCCGACCAGUGUCAUCAACGUGCUAUGGACUUUCACGACCGGGUCGAGAAUUCCUAGGAAUGACGAACGGUUGACGAGAUUGCUUCAACUACUGCAGAGUAGAUCCAAGGCCUUCGACAUGUCUGGUGGUAUCUUGAGUCAACUGCCUUGGCUACGUCACGUGGCUCCAGAGUGGACCGGCUACAAUCUGCUAAAACGAUUCAACAAAGAGCUGAACGAAUUUUUCAUGAUAACCAUCGACAAGCACCAGUUGGACUACAGCGAGGACAAAUGCAACGACGAUCUGAUCUAUGCCUACAUCAAAGAAAUGAAGGAACACAAAGAUGAUCCAAGCACGACCUUCACGAAUCUUCAGCUCACGAUGAUCAUCCUGGACAUCUUCAUAGCCGGUUCCCAAACGACCAGCGUUACCAUCGAUCUAGCCUUCAUGAUGAUGGUGUUGAAGCCUGAAAUUCAACGGAAAAUGCAAGAGGAAAUCGACCACAACCUUCAACCGGACGAACUGCCCCAGCAAAUCGAUCGAACCAACCUCCCCUACACGGAAGCCUUCCUCCUGGAAGUCCAACGCUUCUUCCACAUCGUCCCGGUGAGUGGCCCACGGAGAACACUCGACAAGUGCACCCUCGGAGGCUACCAAAUCCCGAAAAACACCACCAUCUUGAUGGGACUUCGAACGGUGCACAUGGACGCGAAACACUGGGGCGAUCCGGAAAAUUUCCGCCCGGAGCGAUUCCUCAACGCGGACAACAAAAUCUGCAACACGGAACGACUGACACCGUUCGGGCUGGGUCGACGCCGCUGUUUGGGGGAAUCGCUGGCCCGGUCGUGCAUGUUUAUGUUCGUGGUGGGAAUUUUGCAGAAGUUUAGUUUACACAGCGCGGAAGGUUCGGAAGAACCUCAGCUCAAGCUGCUGCCCGGGAUUACGCUGUCGCCGAAGCCGUACAAAGUAGUUUUUAGGAAGAGAUGAUUUUCUUUUUUCUUUAUAGGGAGAAAGAAAUGAAUCCAAAUUGUGCCAUAUUUAUAUGCAAAAACGAACUAGAAUCAUGGGGGAUAUAUUUCUUAGCAAUUUUAACAAUAAAUCAACUUUUUUUUUAAUCCAGAUAA